AUGGACCCCAAGGACCGUAAGAAGAUCCAGUUCUCGGUGCCGGCACCCCCCAGCCAGCUGGACCCCCGCGCCGUCGAGAUGAUCCGCCGGCGGAGGCCCACGCCGGCCAUGCUCUUCCAGCUCUCCGAGCACUCCUCCCCAGAGGACGAGUCCCUGCCCUACCAGCGCGCCUCAGGCGAGGGCUGCCUGCUUAAACCAAAGAGGACCAACCCGUGUGCCUACACGCCACCCUCGCUCAAAGCGGUGCAGCGCAUCGUGCAGUCCCACCUGGAGAGUGGCCUGGCCGGGGGUGACAGCUCCGACGGGGAGGCCGAUGACGGGGAGCAUGAACUGGCCCGCGCCUGUGACCCCGACAGCGCCCUCGAGCCUGCCCCAGGGAGCCAGGCCAGAGCCGAGCGGAGCUUCUUCCCCGCCGGCCCCAAGGCACACAAGCGGAAAGGCGGGCAGAAGGUGUCCUUCGCCGGCGGCAUAGAGGAGCGCGGGGAGGACCUGAAGUCGCUGACGGUGUCGGAGAUCCCCGAGGACCCCGAGGGAGCGGAGGGUGACGAGGAGGAGGCAGGACGGGAGCAGGAGGACGGCGGCACCGGGGAGCGGCGACACGUCGGCUUCGCGGAGGUGCCCUCGCGCCCCAUCGGCACCGAGCGCCAUUCGCCCACCUUCCCGCUGGGCACCAGUUAG